AUGGAUAAACAAGAUUAUUAUCAAGUCUUGGGGGUUGAGAGAAAUGCCACAACUGACGAGAUUAAGAGUGCCUAUAGGAAGUUGGCUUUGAAAUGGCAUCCAGAUAAGAACCCCGACAAUUAAGAGGUAGCCAAAAAGUAGUUUUAAUUGAUUUUAUAAGCAUAUACAGUUCUUUGUGAUAGUUAGAAAAGAGCAAACUAUGACAAAUUUGGAACAGUUGAUGGGGAAGAAUAAAUGAAUUUUGAUUUUGAGGACUUUUUUGCUCAAGAUUUUGAGUCAAUGAUGAACUUUAUGAUGGGCGAUGCUUUUGUUAAAAUGUUUACUAAUAUUGGCAGAGCAGGAAGAGGGAAACAUAAAUUCAAAAUACCAUCUUAGUUUGUUUUUAAAUAAGCUUAACCAUAAAAGAAGCCACAAAAAAAAGAAGAAGAAGAUGAAUGGGAAACUGAAGAAGAAAUUGAUGAAGAUGAUGAUUGGAAGGAUGUAGACGAUGAUGAAGAUGAUGAUAAUAACGAUAAUGACGAUGAAUUCUAAUCAGAUAGUGAUGAUGAUCUCACAUAAACUGAAAAUUUGUUUAUGAUGCCUAUGUUUAUAGAUGAUAGCAUUAAGGAUACUGAUAGUAAAAAAUUCAAGUGUAAGUUCGAUGGAUAGGUAUUGAAAGAAUAAACGUUAGUGUAGCAUUUUGAAAAGAACCAUAAAAAAGAAUUUGCUGCUUGGAGUAAAAAACAGCAUUUUAAAUGA